AAUUGCUCAUCACCUUCAGUAGGAUUUUUCGCGCCAACGAAUCCGUUGAAAAAGAUAUUGAUACCAUUCCCAGUCUUUUCCGACGUGUUCAACAAAUUCCAUGAAGAACAAGAACAAGAAUUUAAAACUGUUGUUCAAUAUGAACGUAAUCUUGCAGUCAAAAAAGAAGAAAUGGCAGAGCAUAGCGAUAACCUGAGACGUCUGGUGGAUAAGAAACGUAGCGAGAUGAGAGAAAUUCAAGAAGAUAUCAGUCAUAUGAGGGCAAAGCUGGAGUCGUUGCAUGAGAAGAUGGUCCCGGUGUUCAACACGUUACUGGCGGAUGAUAACCAGCUGAAUGAAUAUAAUGUCAGUUCGUUUGCCAUAGCUUUUGCCAAAAAACUGAACAAAGAUAGUGGUUAG